CACCAUUCAAAAAUGUAUUAUAUAAUACAUUUUGCUUUUACGUAUUAAACAUUUGGAGUUUUUAAUUAUAAUUAUUGGUUAGUUUUUACUUUUAGUAAUUGUAAAAUAUAAUACUAAUAAUUGCAGGAAUAUGAUUUCUAUUCAACCUUUGUGUUCUCCGGCAUUUGUUGUAGUGAUUAUUCUGUUAAUUUUUACUAAUGUAAAUAGCGUACGUAAGAAUAAUUUUCGAAAAGUUAUUGAUAAAAGCAUCGAGAAAGGUAAACACGUGUUUACGUGUCAAUGCUUCCGAUCAAAAACUUAUGACCCAAAAAGUGAAGAAAUAAAUGAUGAAAAUAUUGAUAAAAGAGAAGACGAAAAAAAUGACCAAGAAGAAUUGUCUUUUUUACGUUCAUUGUCAGAUAAAGAAUGUAUACUCUGUCGUGAUGAAUUAUCAACAGUAACGUUAAAACCAUGUAAUCAUAAAUUUGGUAAUCUUUGUGCAAACCAGUUAGAAGUUGAUUCUUCUAUCUGUCCAUAUUGUAGAGCUACAAUAGAGAAAUUCAAAGGACUGAAUGAACAAUUAAUACCCAAUAAAAAAUGUUCUUAUUGCAAAGAUAGAGAUGCUUGUGUCGAUUUAAUGCCUUGUUUUGACAAAAUCUGUAAUGUCUGUGCAGUUGAAUUAAAACAGAAUUUUCCUAGAUGUUGUAUACUAUGCAGUACGACAAUAACACAAUUCAAUGGUAUAGUUAUGUUUAAUAGUAGUGAUACCAAAGAAACAAUACCCAACCAACAGGAAUAAAAUGAUAAAGUAGAAUCAACGCCUUUUAUUGUUGAGUAAAAUCAUUGGCAUCAAGAUCUUUUAAAUAUUUAAGAUAAAAAAUGUUUAUAAUUAAUAUAUAUUUAAUAUACGUGUGUUUCAUUAAAGAUCAGACAAUUAAAGAUUUAAAUAUUAAAGAUAACUGCUUUAUUGAUAUAUAUUUUUAUUAUUAAUUGUGAACAUAGUAAUUAAUCUUUCUUUUUUCUUCUUUUUCCUCGCAAGAAUCCCAACUACUUUCGGGUCGACGACCCUUAUCCUAAAUUUCCACUUGACACGAUCUCCCACAUCAUCUACAAUCACAUUAUCAGUCCUCAUUUAAUAGCAUCCCUUCAUCUCUUUUGGUCUUUCUCUACCUCUUCUUCCUUCAACAUUCAUUUCAUAACUGUUCUAAGAGCUUUCGAUUCCUCUCCCCUCAUAACAUUGUUAAUUUGAACUUGGUAAAUUUUAGUUAAAUUU